AAUUAUUAAUGUUUUGAUUUUGAAGCCUUGGGCACUGAUAAUUGUAAAUUUUGUAAUUCAAUAAAAGCAGAUAGAAUAGAUAGAAGAAUUCGUAGCUAUAAUCAAACUAUAAUUAUAAAAAACAUUAUCUGAUUUCUUUAUCAGAUAGUUGUCAUAAAUAAUACUAAAUACACUAUAUAUCGAUAGUAUGUAAACUGUAAUGAUAGUUGUCGUGCAAUAGCGCUGUGAAGUGGCUGUCUUUUGUAAACAGUAUUUGGAAAUUAAAGAACAAUGAAGUUUUUAAUUCAAUUACUAUUAGUUAUAAAUGUAACAAGCCUAAUUACGGCAAAUCCCGGUUAUGAUUGUCAAUAUUGCCAGCCUGAACAAGUACACAUAGCUUUCGGGACAAAACCUAAUGACAUAAUAGUCACAUGGACAACAUUUAAUAACACCCAUGAGUCUCGAGUGCAAUAUGGUUUGGGGGAGAUGAAUUUGGAGGCUGUGGGUACUCGACACCGGUUCACAGAUGGUGGUCAGCUGCACCGACAUAUGUGGAUACAUCGAGUUACUCUGCAAGAUCUCAAGUUUGAUACUAAAUAUGAAUACCAUGCGGGGUCUGUAUAUGGCUGGUCGGAGUUGUUCUCCUUCAAGACGCCGCCAGAGGGGGAAAAGUGGGUGUUACGGGCUGCCAUCUACGGAGAUAUGGGGAAUAAGAAUGCACAUUCAUUGUCGUACCUGCAAGACGAGGCGCAGCGGGGCCACUUCGACGUGAUCCUCCACGUGGGAGACUUUGCCUAUGACAUGGACACGGACAACGCCCUCGUAGGGGACGAGUUCAUGAGGCAGAUCCAGCCCUUGGCGGCCUCCGUGCCUUACAUGACCUGUCCUGGAAACCACGAGGCCGCUUAUAACUUCAGCAACUACCGAAACCGUUUCUCGAUGCCGAACCACGAGCGAUGGGAGAGCAUGUUCUACUCGUUCGAUCUAGGUCCCGUCCACUUCGUCUCCAUCUCCACCGAGUACUACUACUUCCUCGAGUUCGGUCUCAAGAUGCUCUCGGAGCAGUUCGAGUGGCUGCAGAGGGAUCUCAGCGAAGCCAACAAGCCGGAGAACAGGGCGAAGCGGCCUUGGCUCGUUCUGUUCGGCCACAGACCGAUGUACUGCAGCAAUUCGGACGACAUCGACUGCAGCGUCGAGUACACGAGGAAGGGGCUGCCGCUCUUCGGGGCCUUUCGUCUCGAACCGCUGUUGCGUGAUUUCGGGGUGGACGUGGUGAUCUGGGCACACGAGCACUCGUACGAGCGCACUUGGCCCCUCUACGAUCUCAAGGUGUACAACGGCUCGUCGGAGCGACCGUACGUUAACCCGCGAGCGCCAGUGCACUUGGUGACGGGCUCGGCGGGAUGUCAGGAAGGAAGGGACCAUUUUCAGCACGCCCCGAAGGAAUGGUCCGCUUUUCGCUCUCAAGACUACGGCUACACCAAACUCAAGGCUUUCAACAACACUCAUAUCUACUUUGAGCAGGUAUCCGUUGACAUUGAGGGAAAAGUAAUUGAUCAAUUUUGGUUAGUCAAACAAAGUUCUACACAAUGAGAUCAAAAGUAUGUGCUUGUUUUUAUUUGACUACAUCCUAAUACGUGCUCGGUAACAAAACCAAUGUAGAAAACAUUUAUUUCAAACACUUGCUCAAACGUUUCGUCAGCAUCCUGUACCAUCUACACAAAUUUAUAAAGAUAACCCCGAUUAUUUAAUUAAUAUACUUACAUCAAUAAACCGUAAGGGUUAUCUCUGA